UCCGAUCAAACAGGUUGUAGACUGUCCAGAAGGGUUUAAUGACCUCCAUGAUUAGCUGGCGAGACAAGGGGGCAAUUGGAGCAAAGGGAAAUGGCAUCAUUAAGACAUUGAUGGGACAUAUCUAUUUUUCACCGUUAGUUACAGAGAUUGCUGUUGAUGGAAGUGAGCUGUAGCAAACAUAAUCGUAGCAUCAUAAAUUGAGAUGAAGUAGCCUGGGCCAGGGGUUCCCAAAUUUCUCAGACUCUGAACCCUAAAAAAUAACCGUACCAGAGACUCGCGACCCCCAUAAUGCCCAGAGUUGGUUGAAGUAGACAAAUAAUAAUGCUUUGAGCUAGUUCACAAAAAAAGAUCUAACUGCACUUGUCACAAUGUUUCCAUUGUGGCUGUAAAUUGACUUGCUGCAUCUGAUGAUGUUGCUAAUCUUUCUUAUAAUAAUCACCACAGGGGUCAUGUGGGGACAAAGACAACCGAAUAACUGUUAAUAUAUUUUAUUUUUUAUUUUAAAUUAAAUUACUAUAUCUUAUCUUUUGUAAGAGUUAUGGCUAAAAUAAAAAAUAAAAAAAUGUUUUGCAAUUUCAUUUGCUUUCUGGAAAUCAUCUCAUGAUCCUGAGCAACAACAGGGCAGACAUUAAGUCUUGAGUAUUUAUCACCUAUCAGUCUGCUUUUUUAAAAAUAUGUUUUUUCAAGUCAUAAAUGCACUGCUUUCAGUAAGUAAAGAACAUAAAGGGAAUGCAAAAAAAACUUUUUUAAACGGCUUGUAACAAAACCACAAAUAAUAUACCUGAACAACACAAAACAGCUGAAUUAUAUCAAUAAAGACCUGUCAGAUGGUAUCCACCCCCCAAUACAUACCAUGCUUUACCAUUUAUUUUACUGUAAAUUAAUCUUCAAUUUACAAAAUGAACAUCAUGCAGUUUUUCAUAGACUUCAUUAGGAACGGACGUCAUUUUGAAAACAAUGGGGUCGCCAUCUGCUGUUCAUAAAUAAAAUAAAGGUUUAAAGCACUUAACCACUACGGUGGCCCUGAAGUGCAAACCACAACAAUAGUUGCUGUUGUGGUGAAUUUGCUGUUGAGUUGCGUGAUUUGCUGUCGUGUUGUGUGAGUUGCUGUUGCGUUGUGUGAUUUGCUGUUCUGGUCUGCACUUUAGGACCACCGUACACUCCUGCAUUGGCUUCACUUUCCGGACCAGGAGUCUGUGCUCAGUCUGUAGAGUUCUUGGUAGUAGAACUUGACUAAAGAAUUGGCCCAAGCGAGUUAAGUGGAUAUAUUGAUAUCUGAAUGUUGGCAGACACUCAGAGUAUAGACAGGACAAAGUAAGUUUGAAGUAACUUAGAAACAGUUUCAUUCUUAUUCCUAUCUAGCUAUCUAUCUAUCUAUCUGUCAAUAUAGACAGACAAUCUGACACUAAAAAUAAAAACCUCAGGAGCCGACAGUCAGGAAACUCCAUCUGCGAGUGAAAGAACUUCAGAGUUAAGCUGCUGCUGCUGCAGACUUCGCCAGCUGCUGACCACCUUUGCAUGCUUCAGGGUCAACUCACCAACACAGGUAUUAUCUGUGGUACACUGGGUCUUCAUCUAACCAACAGGAGCCUACGAUAAAUAAUGUAUCAAGACUGAGGAAAUGAUAACUUACUGUGAAGCGAAUGCAGACGCUAGCUGUCUGUCUUAAUCCAGGUGUGUGCAGCAGAGUAUGAAACAGUCAUUUGGCUACAUCUUUAUCUUCUAGGAAGGUCAGCUGAUCAGAUAUCAUCCUCCAAUGGACGUCAUUCGGGUUCUCUGCUCAGUCAGAUUAACAACCAAGAUAUUUAAACUCCUUCAGUUGACACGCCAUCGGACACACAAGGGGUUAGCUCUGUGUCCUGCACAGCUCUGGUGCUCUCUGCUCUCACAAACAGAAGCACUUUACAUUAAGAUUCUGAUUCCAUUCUUGUAGAAACAUGGUCAUAUUUAUUGAGAUUUAAAUGAGACAAUUGUUAUUUACAGCAAACUUGUUUAAAAAAAAAUUGUAAAUGUGUUGAACUAUGUAAAGAAUGGUUUUGUAUUGGAAGCUGUAAUUUAUUUGCUAUCACACUCAACAAAAAACUGGACUGGUCGGACAACACUGAGGCACUCUGUGGAGGCUCAGGUCUUUUAAUGUGUGCACUAGGCUGCUACGGAUGUUUUACCAGUCUGUGGUAGUCAGUGUAAUCUUCUUAGCUGUGGUGUGUGUGGGGGGUGGCAGGGAGCUGUGGCACUAAUUAAUUGAUCAAGCCGGUGAGGAGGGCCAGCUCUGUGGUGGGGAUGGAACUGGACAAUGUGGAGGCAGUGACGGAGAAUAGGAUGAGGGGAAACCUGAGCGUGCCCAUGGACAACCCCUGUCAUCUCCUCUGUGCUGAACUGAGGUAGCUCAGGAGCUCGUCCAGCCACAAGCCUAAAAGUGCUUGGGAGGCUCCUUUGGGCCAUCAGCCAUCAGACUGCACAACGCCACAGUAAAGCUAAUUUUUUUAUUUUAUAUUGCACAACUACAUAGAACAUGUAGAACAAGUGUUUGUUUUUGUUAUGGCAUAGUAUUUCUAUUUAAUUUUUAUAUUUUUAUUACACUUUGUGCUGCUGUGUUGAUUCUGAAUAUCCCCUGCGGUGGAUCAAAAAAGGUUUAUCUUAUUCUAUCUUAUCUUAGUUAUCACAUUUUAUAAUAAUAAUUUUAAAACUUUUCUAACCCCUAACCCUAACCCUUGUCUCACCUUUAUGCUUGCUUUAUCGACCAGCAAGUUAACUAUAGAUUCUAUCCACACACACCAAUAUUAAACUAUUGCACCACAGGUGAAUUGUUUGCCUUACCCUCUCAUGAUUAAUUAUUGAGGCUAAUAAUUGAAAAAUGUCAACAUUUAUUUUUAAUUCCAGGUGUCUUGAGGACCCUCUGUGCAAACACCCCCCACUGACCCUGAGUGUCUCACAUGACACCAACCGGCCUGACAGGUCGUUAAUAACACAGCAAGGCACAAAGCAUCUAGACCUCAUCUGCUCUGCACCUAUAUCUCCAUGCAAUGAUUUAUGCCUCUGCUUCAAGCACAAGAUUAAAUCCUUGCGGGUGUGUCAGAUCAGAGGCGCAUCAGCAAAACCCAGUGGGGGGAAGGACUGUAACCACAGAGGAAGAGGAAGUCAUGAACAGCAAACCGAGGACUUGAAGUCUGCAGAUACUAGUUUCAUUUUCUCCCUGCACUCAUACACUUUUCAUACAUUUUACUGGGGUCAAGACAGGCUGCUGUCAUUGACUUACACUUACAGCUGGUCAUGGACAUUGUAGAUCCCAUCCUUUCCAUUGCCUCAAAUAUCUACACCCUGGUUGAGAAUGUGAAGGCCAAUAAGAACCGCUGCCGCCGUGUGUCUUGCCGAGUCAAAGCCCUAGAAGAGCUGGUGAGGGCCAUUAAACAGAGGGGGGCAGCCCAGGCCUCUGCUGUUGUAGAAACAGGCCUCAAGGAACUCUGCUUCACUCUGAAUUCUGCACAGAAGCUCAUCCAGAAGUACACCAUGGCCUCCUGGAUGGAGCGCAUCCUGAACUCCAGCAGCCAUGGAGAUGAGUUCAGCAGUGUGAAUGAACGCCUCAAUGAUGCCUUCCAGGUGCUGUCUGGAGCUCUGCAGGUGGAGCAGGGGAAUGCACUGUACCAGGUGUUUGAGCUGACCUCCAGAGUGAAAGUAGAUGAGGUGGACGGUCAGGAGGAUGACGCAGAGCUGAAGAAAUUGCUCCUGGAGUACAUGAAGAACCAGCAAGAGAAAAUGGACGCCAUGCGAAAUGAAUUUGAAAAUGUCAAAAUCAACGUGGAAAAGGUCGUGGACAUUUUGAAUAAGCCCCGCAUGACUGAUGAGGACAUCCGAAUGAUCAAACCAGAUGAACUGAAGUACGAGCUACCCAAAAAGCCCUUCAUGGUAACAUCAACCUCAGAGGUCUACAAAGGAGAGUAUCAUGGAUUCACAGUGGUCAUCAAGAGAUACACGGACCCUGUGAACGCCAGCCCAAGGGAGGUACAGUCUGUUUUCAAUAAGGAAGUUGAAACCAUGAGACGAUUUGAGUCGCCUAACAUCUUGCGAAUGUUUGGCAUCUGUGUCCAGGAGGACGGGCCCAAGCCUCAGUUCCUCAUUAUCAUGGAGUACUGUGAGAAGGGAAGUCUCAGAGAGGUUCUGGAUUCUGAUUCCAAACUGUCCUGGACUAGGAAAGCUCGGAUGUGUCUGGAUGCAGCACAAGGACUCUACAGACUCCACCAGACUGAAGAAAAAAGUAAGGUUCAUGGAUGCAUCAACAGUAGCAAGUUCCUGGUGGCUGAAGGCUACAGAGUCAAGCUGGGAGGAUUUGAGCUGGCGAAAACAGAGACGUCACUGAAAAAAACAAUAAAGGACAAAGCGAGAGAGAACAGGUCCCUGUGCUACUCCUCACCUCAGAUGCUCAAUGACAUCAACCAUGUCUACAACAAAGGUUGUGAGAUGUACAGCUUUGGUAUCGUCCUGUGGGAAGUUGCAACUCGUAAGAGACCCUUUGAAGGGUGCUCAGGUAAAGAAAUCUAUCAGAAAGUGUACAAUGAGAAAUUUCUUGAACCACUCCCUGAUGACUGUCCAGAACCACUGGUACAUCUGAUCAGCGCCUGUCGGGCCUAUGAUAGCUUUAAGAGACCAUCUGCAGGAGUGCUGCUGGACAAACUGCGUAGUGUGGUGACAGAGAUAGAGGCGCAAUAAAACUCUUCAACCUCAA